CGUGUGUGAGGCGUGUGUAUGGAGGGCGGGGCAGGGAGGCGUGGGGGGCCGCGGGGAGGGUUGGCAGGCGUGCGCCAAUGUUUGUGUGCCCCACGCGCGUCUACCCGGCAUCUCACCACCAAGACAGCUCAAUGUUUUUGUUUAUUUAGGUUAGGCUUGGAAAAAUAAGAAAGUGCACAAUGAGUUACGAGUCAUCUACCAGUUCUGCGCUUCCUGAUGGGGAGACAAGGACAAAUCUCAUCAUUAAUUACCUCCCACAGACACUCACGGACCAAGAGUUUUACAAGAUAUUUGUUGUAGUAGGACCCAUUAAAAACUGCCGCAUUAUGAAGGACUUAAAGCAGACUGGCUAUUCGUUUGGCUUCGGCUUUGUGGAGUACCAGAAGCCCGAAGAUGCCGCUAAAGCCAUUCUGCAGUUGAAUAAUCUUCCCGUGCAGCAUAAACGCAUCAAGGUCUCGUACGCACGGCCGCCGGGCGAAGACAUAAAGGAAACUAAUCUCUAUAUUCAGAAUAUUCCCAGAUCAUACACGCUAGAUCAACUAGAAGAAUUGUUUGCAGUAUAUGGGCAAAUUGUCCAGAAAAAUCUUCUAAAGGAUAAAGUGACAGGACUGCCACGAGGUGUUGGUUUUGUCAGGUUUGACAAGAAAUCUCAAGCGGAGGCAGCAAUUGUGGGCAUGAACGGCGUGGUGCCUGAGGGCGGGACAGAACCUCUAGUGGUCAAAGUUGCAGAAGAACAUGGUAAAAUGAAAGCUGCAUAUUAUGCUGGUUAUCACGCAGGACUUAGUAACACGAGAGGUGGAAGCACUGGUCGUGGGCGUGGCAACUACAACAAUCGUGGAGGUGGUGCUUAUCAAGGCCGUGGAAACUACAAUAACAUGAAUCGUCAGUACCAGCAGGGCGGCAAGAUGGCCGCAGACCGAACCGCUAAUCGCUAUAACCCCAUCGGCAGUGGUGGUGGCUAUGGUAAUUAUGGCGGUGGGAAUGGUGCGGGCUAUUCCAACCACGCGGCUGGCCAAACUCCUUUCUACAACUUCUCCACACCAUCAUUCACUGGAGGAAACUACACCUCGUUCACCGGCAUGAGUGGUAACUCUGGCGAUGAUGGUUACGAUCGAUACUGAGGCCGGCCCGUGUGUGUGUUCUGAGUGACAAAACCAGGCUACAUGCAGGAGAAAAAAUACACAAUGCAAACGACCUAUUUCAUUGGGAUUUUUGUAGAUGAAAAGGAAAAUACAGAGCUGUUAACCUGUUACAGUGGUUUGAAAUUUUUUUUUUUAUCUUUUCAUUGAUAGUAAAUAUUACCAAAACAUUGUUUGAUCUUGUAAUUUUUCCUUCAUAUAAAUAGUGGCAUUACUUCUAAACCUUCCAAACGAGGGCACUGCUACGUUGUUAGUCAAGAAGUUGUGUCAUUCUUGAGAAUAUUCAGGCUUUAUUGUCAUUGAGGAAAUGUGCUAUGCAUUUUAAAUGCUUAGAUCUCUGGUGUAGUCAUCUUCACGUUAUGUGCUCUUUAUGAAUUUUUUACCUCUGAUUUUAUCUGGUAGAAGCAGGAAGUCUAUUCAUUGUUUAUUUUAAAUUAUUUGGUGUUGAAAUUGGAGCAAAACUUUUUUUUUUUAACCAGUUGUCACUCUUUUUUUUCUAUAUAUAUUUUUUUUCUCCCCCCAUUCUGCCGAGUUAUGCCUUGGCCAGGCCUUGGUUAUAGUACCAAGAUUUUUCUUUUUCAUAUCUUGUAUACUUGUUUGUUUUUGUAUUUUUGGUGAACAUAUAUAUUAGCCAACAGAAUGUCAGAAAAGUGUGUUUUUUCAUUAAGUAUUUUAUUAUACUGUGGAUUUCCCUGCGGCAGACGAGUGAUGCUGCUGUAGCUAGAUGUCAUUUAUUAUGGUUAUUAUACUGUAGUCUUAUUCAUAUAUCCUAUACUUACAUAAUUGAUGGUUUCAUAUAUCUUUUUCCAUAUGUGUUCUUUGAUGCUUGGAAAAACUAUGGUUUGUUUUUUGGUACAGUAAGGUGUUGUUUUAAGUUUUUCAUUGAAAUGUUGACGUAAAAUGUUUUGUUUAUCACGUACUAUUGGUCGGUAGCCACCAUACCCGAACAUACUGUAAUUAUUAUUUUUUUUUUCUCCCCCCUCCCCCCCAUGAAAACUCAAGAAAUGUUUUGUACAGUGCAACAUUAUUUUUGCUCACACUGUAAUAAGUUACUUGACAGAUAUAUUUAAUAAAGUGAAACUAUC